CGCCCUCCCCUGGCCGCUGCGGCUCCAGCCUCCGCCCCGCGCGCUCGCUCCCCGCGCCGCCGCCGCUGCUGCCGCACCUGCCACCAUGUCGCCGCCGCCGGGUCAUGUCUGACUCUCUCUGGACCGCGCUUUCCAAUUUCUCGAUGCCCUCCUUCCCCGGCGGCAGUAUGUUCCGCCGCACCAAGAGCUGCCGAACCAGUAACCGGAAAAGCCUCAUCCUAACCAGCACUUCACCCACGCUGCCGCGACCCCACUCCCCGCUGCCGGGCCACUUAGGUAGCAGUCCCCUGGACAGCCCCCGCAACUUCUCCCCCAACACCCCCGCCCACUUCUCGUUUGCCUCCUCCCGAAGGGCGGAUGGACGCCGCUGGUCACUGGCUUCACUCCCUUCAUCUGGCUAUGGCACCAACACUCCCAGCUCCACGGUCUCGUCCUCCUGCUCCUCCCAGGAGCGCCUGCACCAGCUGCCCUACCAACCCACCGUGGAUGAGCUGCACUUCCUCUCCAAACACUUCGGUAGCACGGAGAGCAUCACCGACGAGGAUGGCGGUCGUCGCUCCCCGGCCGUGCGGCCCCGCUCGCGGAGCCUCAGCCCCGGCCGCUCCCCCUCCUCCUAUGACAACGAGAUCGUCAUGAUGAACCACGUGUACAAGGAGCGGUUCCCCAAGGCCACCGCGCAGAUGGAGGAGAAGCUACGCGACUUCGCCCGGGCCUACGAACCUGACAGCGUGCUGCCGCUGGCCGACGGCGUGCUCAGCUUCAUCCAUCAUCAGAUCAUCGAGCUGGCCCGGGAUUGCCUGACCAAGUCCCGCGACGGUCUCAUCACCACCGUCUACUUCUAUGAACUGCAGGAGAAUCUGGAGAAGCUGCUGCAGGACGCCUACGAGCGCUCUGAGAGCUUGGAGGUGGCCUUCGUCACUCAGCUGGUGAAGAAGUUACUCAUUAUCAUUUCGCGCCCUGCGAGGCUGUUGGAGUGCCUGGAAUUCAACCCCGAGGAGUUCUACCACCUGCUGGAGGCAGCUGAGGGACACGCCAAGGAGGGCCACCUUGUCAAGACGGACAUUCCCCGUUACAUCAUCCGCCAGUUGGGUCUCACCCGUGACCCCUUUCCAGAUGUGGUUCACCUGGAGGAGCAAGAUAGCGGGGGCUCCAACACCCCUGAGCAGGACGACCUCUCCGAGGGUCGCAGCAGCACCACCAAGGCCAAGAAACCUCCAGGGGAGAACGACUUUGACACCAUCAAGCUCAUCAGCAAUGGUGCCUACGGUGCUGUGUACCUGGUGCGGCACCGCGACACCAGGCAGCGCUUUGCCAUGAAGAAGAUCAACAAACAGAACCUGAUUCUGCGCAACCAAAUCCAGCAGGCCUUCGUGGAGCGCGACAUCCUCACCUUUGCCGAGAACCCCUUCGUGGUCGGCAUGUUCUGCUCCUUCGAGACCCGGCGCCACCUCUGCAUGGUCAUGGAAUAUGUGGAAGGCGGUGACUGUGCCACCCUUCUAAAGAACAUUGGGGCACUGCCGGUGGAGAUGGCCCGUAUGUACUUCGCAGAGACUGUGUUGGCACUGGAGUACUUGCACAAUUAUGGCAUCGUGCACCGCGACCUCAAGCCGGACAACCUCCUCAUCACCUCCAUGGGUCACAUCAAGCUUACAGAUUUCGGCCUCUCCAAGAUGGGGCUUAUGAGCCUGACGACCAACUUGUACGAGGGCCACAUCGAGAAGGAUGCCCGGGAGUUCCUGGACAAACAGGUGUGUGGGACCCCAGAGUACAUCGCGCCCGAGGUCAUCCUGCGCCAGGGCUACGGCAAGCCAGUGGACUGGUGGGCCAUGGGAAUCAUUCUGUACGAGUUCCUGGUGGGCUGCGUGCCCUUCUUCGGGGACACCCCGGAAGAGCUCUUUGGACAGGUCAUCAGUGAUGACAUCCUGUGGCCGGAAGGAGAUGAGGCGCUGCCUACAGAUGCCCAGCUUCUGAUAUCCAGCCUCCUGCAGACCAAUCCCCUGGUCCGGCUUGGAGCAGGUGGCGCCUUUGAGGUGAAGCAACACAGCUUCUUUCGAGACCUGGACUGGACGGGGCUGCUGAGGCAGAAGGCAGAGUUCAUCCCCCACCUAGAGUCGGAAGAUGACACCAGCUACUUCGACACCCGCUCAGACAGGUAUCACCACGUGAACUCCUACGAUGAGGAUGACACGACGGAGGAGGAGCCCGUGGAGAUCCGCCAGUUCUCCUCCUGCUCCCCGCGCUUCAGCAAGGUGUAUAGCAGUAUGGAGCAGCUGUCGCAGCAUGAGCCCAAGACCCCCGUGGCUGCAGCAGGGGGCAGCAAGAGGGAGCCCAGCGCCAAGGGUCCGGAGGAGAAGGUGGCCGGCAAGCGGGAGGGGCUGGGCGGCCUGACCCUGCGUGAGAAGACCUGGAGAGGGGGUUCCCCAGAGAUAAAGCGCUUCUCUGCAUCUGAAGCCAGUUUCCUGGAGGGGGAGGCGAGUCCCCCGCUGGGCGCGCGCCGACGUUUCUCUGCGCUGCUGGAACCCAGCCGCUUCAGCGCCCCGCAGGAGGACGAGGAUGAGGCCCGGCUGCGCAGGCCUCCCCGGCCCAGCUCCGAUCCACCAGGCUCGCUGGAUGUUCGGGCCUCCAAAGAGGCGGUCCAAGGGGACGCCGAGGCCACUGAGCGCCCACGCCCAGGUGACCUCUGCCCACCCUCGAAGGAUGGGGACACAUCAGGCCCCAGGGCCACCAAUGACCUAGUUCUGCGCAGGGCGCGGCACCAGCAGCUGUCAGGGGAUCCUGCCGUGGAGAAGCGGCCUUCUCGAACGGGGGGCAAAGUUAUCAAGUCAGCCUCAGCCACUGCCUUGUCUGUCAUGAUUCCUGCAGUGGACCCCCAUGGAAGCUCACCACUUGCUAGUCCCAUGUCCCCAAGAUCUCUCUCCUCCAACCCGUCCUCACGGGACUCCUCACCCAGCCGGGACUACUCACCAGCUGUCAGUGGACUCCGCUCCCCCAUCACCAUUCAACGCUCAGGCAAGAAAUAUGGCUUCACCCUGCGUGCCAUCCGCGUCUACAUGGGUGACUCAGAUGUCUACAGUGUCCACCACAUUGUUUGGCACGUGGAGGAAGGUGGCCCAGCCCAAGAGGCGGGGCUGUGUGCGGGAGACCUGAUCACCCACGUGAACGGGGAGCCUGUGCAUGGCAUGGUGCAUCCAGAGGUCGUGGAGCUGAUCCUUAAGAGCGGCAACAAAGUGGCUGUGACCACAACACCCUUCGAAAAUACCUCCAUCCGUAUCGGACCCGCUAGGCGCAGCAGCUACAAGGCCAAAAUGGCCCGGAGGAACAAGCGGCCCUCUGCCAAGGAGGGCCAGGAGAGCAAGAAGCGCAGCUCGCUCUUCCGGAAGAUCACAAAGCAGUCAAACCUACUGCACACUAGCCGCUCGCUGUCGUCGCUGAACCGCUCACUGUCGUCCAGCGACAGUCUCCCGGGCUCGCCCACGCACGGGCUGCCCGCGCGAUCGCCCACGCACAGCUACCGCUCCACACCCGACUCCGCCUACCUAGGUGCAUCGUCUCAAAGCAGCUCGCCAGCCUCCAGCACCCCCAAUUCGCCAGCGUCGUCCGCGUCGCACCACAUCCGACCCAGCACGCUGCACGGGCUGUCGCCAAAGCUCCACCGCCAGUACCGCUCUGCGCGCUGCAAGUCAGCCGGCAACAUCCCGCUGUCGCCGUUGGCGCACACGCCAUCCCCCACGCAGGCGUCGCCGCCGCCGCUGCCGGGCCACACGGUGGGCAGCUCGCACACGACGCAGAGCUUCCCCGCCAAACUUCACUCGUCGCCGCCCGUCGUGCGUCCGCGCCCCAAGAGUGCAGAGCCCCCGCGCUCGCCGCUCCUCAAGCGCGUGCAGUCGGCGGAGAAGCUGGGGGCCUCGCUGGGCGGCGACAAGAAGGGCGCGCUGCGCAAACACAGCCUGGAGGUGGGCCACCCGGAUUUCCGAAAGGACUUCCACGGCGAGCUGGCUCUGCAUAGCCUCGCCGAGUCCGACGGCGAGACACCACCCAUCGAGGGUAUUGGGUCAACCAGGCAGGUCGCCGUCCGCCGCCUGGGCCGCCAGGAGUCGCCCCUGAGCCUGGGCGCGGACCCAUUGCUGGCCGAGGGCACCCCCAGACCGCUGGCGUCCAGCAAAGAGAAGGAGUCACCAGGUGGCAUGGAGGCCUGCACCCCACCCCGCUCGACAACCCCCGGGGGCCGAACCCUGGAGCGGGAUUCCAGCUGCACGCGGCACCAGAGUGUGCAGACGGAGGAUGGCGCGGGCGGAGUGGCCAGGGCUGUGGCCAAGGCUGCGCUGAGCCCGGUGCAGGAACACGAGACGGGCAGGCGCAGUAGCUCCGGGGAGGCGGGCACACCCUCAGUACCCAUUGUCGUAGAGCCUGGGCGGCCGGGGGUCAAGGUCGAGGUGCCCCAGCCCCUGGGCACGGACUCCAAGGAAUUGCAGGAACCUGCAGCCCCGGCGCCUGUGGCGUCAGAGGCCCCGAGGGGCCGGGAGCGCUGGGUGCUGGAGGUGGUGGAGGAGCGGACCACGCUGAGCGGGCCUCGCUCCAAGCCUGCUUCCCCCAAGCUCUCCCCGGACCCCCAGACCCCCACCCCAACCCCAACCAAGAUUGCGCCCAGCAGCGCAAGCCCUAUAGCCCCCCUCCCCUCCCUCUCGGUCCCAGGCACCAAGCCUGAAGUAGGGCCAACUUCCAGGUGCCCUGCUGAAGCUGUGCCUCCAGCAGGCCUGAGCAAAAAAGGGGCGCCCAGCCCCGCACCCCCAGGCCCAUAGCCAAUCAGGCCCUUGGUCCUGUGCUGUACAGCCUCCUGUAUACAUAUGUACACAUAUAAAUAAAGUGCGCCCGUCCAGCGUGA